CGUUGCCGCCACCGCCGCCACCAUUCAUCUCUGCCAUUGUUGCCGUUAUUGUCUCCUUCGUCGACACGUCACCGCUGGAGUUAUGAAUGAGGGACAAGGUGAUCGUGGAGCCUCUCCUCUGCUUCUGCGUCGUCUUCCCCGGCAGGUUCUUCCGCUGGUUCUACUUUUGCUCCGGUGGCUUGAAGAACUCAGAGCGCAGUUUCGAUGCGAACGCGGUGGCACUGGCGGAGCAGAUCUAGAAGGUGAGCGAGCGGGAGUCUCUGGAAGCUUCGAUUGAAGCUGCGAUAGUGUGAUCGAAGCUAUCAAAUCUUAUGGAACUAAUUCUCAUGUCGUUCUGAGUCACUGAGGGCCUGCUAUGGUGUUUUGAGGUUUGUUAUGGAAAAUGGCGCCAAGGGAUGUGAGGUCAUUGUUAGUGGCAAGUUGAGGGCUCAGUGCUAAAUCCAUGAAGUUCAAGGACGGGUACAUGAUUUCCUCAGGGCAACCAGUCAAGGACUACAUUGAUUCUGUGUAAGACAUGUACUCCUUAGGCAGGUUGGAAGAGUUUGCUUGUUGUAACAGAUUAGCUUACAAGAGAAUUGUAAUUAUUCAAUUUUUAGGCAUAAACUUCAAAAAUCUUGGCCCAGAAAUUGACCAUUGUAGCCCUGCAACAUAUAAGACAGAUUGCACAAGAAUCUAGCAGAGAAAUUCAGUAUGGUGGCGGACGCCAGCCUACUGUGUUGAGGACAUUUAGCCAGAGACUCUGCCGGGGGUUCAAUGAUGCUGUUAAUGGGUUUGUGGAGGAUGGUUGGUCACUGCUAGGCAAUGAUGGGGUAGAAGAUGUGACUAUAGCUAUAAACUCAUCUCCCAACAAAUUUUUGGGGUCCCGGUACAAUUCAUCAAUGUUCCCAGCUUUUGGAGGUUGGGUUCUGUGUGCCAAGGCAUCCAUGCUGUUGCAGAAUGUUCCUCCGGCUUUGCUUGUUCGAUUCUUGAGGGAGCAUCAGUCUGAGUGGGCUGAUUAUGGUGUUGAUGCAUACUCUGCUGCAUGUCUUAAGGCUACUCCUUAUGCUGUUCCUUGUGCAAGACCUGGUGGUUUCCCAAGCACCCAGGUCAUUUUACCACUUGCUCAUACUAUUGAGCAUGAGGAGUUCUUGGAGGUAGUUCGCAUAGAGGGUCAUGCAUUUUUCCCUGAAGAUGUUGCAUUGGCACGCGAUAUGUAUUUGCUUCAGGUGAAGACAGUGGCUCGUAUUGUGGAAGGUGAUGCAGGGAAAGUAAUUUGCAGGGAAGCAGAGAGGAUCAAACAUAUGGCUGUAGUUCUGGGAUCAAGAGGCAGAAGCUUAAUUCAAAGUGUGCUACAGGAAAGUGUUGGAGAGUACUGCUUCCACCACUGCAAAGCAGCACCUGUUGUCAUCGUUUCUGGAAAAGAUGCUGGAGAUGCAUCAAUAUUGUAGUGAAGCUUUGUACGUAUAUCAAUUGGCCUUGUUAAUAUAUUUAACAGUCAUGUUUAGUGAAAUGAAGAUUGGUUCUGACUCAUUUUCACCAAGAAUAGAGAUGUUUUCCUUGCAUAUGUUCACAUGUUAACCACUAGCAUGUUAUUAAUUCAAUGGCUUAGUAACUCAUUUUCUCAU